CUGAGGAAGACACGUCGUCACGUUACGUCACGUCACGUCGCAGCUCCACCGAUGCUAACCGCUGUGAGCUAACGCUAAGAGCAGCUUGUCGCUCGGUCUGCUGGCGUCCGUGUAACUUCUGUGUCCUGAGGAGAAGCUGAGAGAAGUGAAGUGUUUCCCGUCGUGGAGCUGGAGACGUUUAUUAAGCCGAGAUGGGCUCCGUGUUCCGCAGUGAGGAGCUGUGUUUGGCCCAGUUGUUCCUGCAGUCCGGGGCGGAUUAUGAGUGUAUUAGUGAACUCGGGGAGCUCGGACUGGUGGAGUUUAGAGAUCUGAACCCGAGCGUUAACGCCUUCCAGCGCAAAUUCGUCAACGAGAUCAAGAGAUCAGAGGAAAUGGAGAGGAUUCUCGGAUAUCUUCUGAGAGAGAUCAAGAAAGCCGACAUUGCUCUGCCUGAUGACGAGGUGAACCCUGUGGCCCCGCUGCCCAAACAUGUGAUGGGAAUUAUGGAGCAGCUUCAGCGGCUGGAGCUCGAGCUCAGUGAGGUCAUGAGAAAUAAAGAGAAGCUGCAGAAGAAUCUUCUGGAACUGAUAGAGUAUUCACACAUGCUGCGCAUCACACGCAACUUCGUCCACCACACCGCUGAGAGAGAGCCGGUGCGGGCUCAAUAUGAAGAGUUUCCUUUCCUUGCGAAAGACUCAGCGAUGGAUUACGCCAGCAUGCAGAGACUCGGGGCGAAGCUCGGGUUUAUCUCAGGUCUGAUUUCCACUGUGAAGCUCGAGCCGUUUGAGCGCAUGCUGUGGCGAGUGUGUAAAGGCUACACCAUCCUGAGCUACGCCGAGAUCCAGGAGAGCCUGGAGGACCCCAGCACGGGCGAGUCGACCAGAAGUGCCGUCUUCCUCAUCUCCUACUGGGGCGAUCAGAUCGGACAGAAAGUGAAGAAGAUCUGCGACUGUUACCACUGCCACCUGUACCCGUACCCUAACAGUAACGAGGAGAGGGACGACGUGGUCGAGGGUCUCCGCACGCGAAUCCAGGAUCUGCACACCGUUCUGCACCGGACAGAGGAGUACCUGAGGCAGGUGCUGAACAAGGCCUCGGAGUCUGUGUACACGUGGGUGAUCCAGGUGAAGAAGAUGAAGGCCAUCUACCACAUCCUCAACCUGUGCAGCUUUGAUGUCACCAACAAGUGCCUGAUCGCGGAGGUGUGGUGCCCCGUGAGCGACCUGCCUGCCCUGCGGAGGGCGCUGGAGGAAGGCUCGAGAAAAAGUGGCGCAACGGUUCCUUCAUUCGUCAAUCGAAUUCCCUGUAACGACACUCCACCCACACUCAUAAGGACCAAUAAGUUCACCGCCGGAUUUCAAAAUAUAGUGGAUGCCUAUGGAGUGGGCUGCUACAGGGAGGUGAACCCAGCUCCGUACACCAUCAUAACGUUCCCCUUCCUGUUCGCUGUGAUGUUCGGAGACCUCGGCCACGGCCUCAUCAUGUUCUUCUUCGCCUUCUGGAUGGUCGUGUACGAGAAGGACCGUAAGCUGAAGAAAACCAGGAACGAGCUCUGGAACACGUUUUUUGAGGGACGCUACAUCAUCCUGUUGAUGGGUGUUUUCUCAGUGUACACCGGGUUCAUCUAUAACGACUGUUUCUCCAAGUCGCUGAACCUGUUCGGCUCCGGGUGGAACGUCACAGCCAUGUUCGUCCAGGGUCCCUGGCAGAUGAACAUGCUACACUCCAACAGCUUCCUCACACUUGACCCGAACGUUACUGGGGUCUUUCUUGGUCCGUACCCCUUUGGCAUCGACCCAAUUUGGAACCUGGCAUCAAACCGGCUCACGUUCCUGAACUCCUAUAAGAUGAAAAUGUCUGUGAUUUUGGGGAUUGUUCACAUGUCCUUUGGUGUCGUCCUGAGCGUCUUUAACCACCUACACUUCAGGAGGAAGUUCAACCUCUACCUGGUCUUCCUGCCUGAGCUGCUUUUUCUGCUCUGCCUCUUUGGCUACCUGGUCUUCAUGAUCGUCUACAAGUGGUUGGCGUUCACGGCACGAGACUCCCAGCGAGCUCCCAGCAUCCUCAUCCACUUCAUUAACAUGUUCCUCAUGCAGGGAGGCGCGGGACAACCGCUGUACACGGGGCAGACAGGACUUCAGGUGUUCCUGUUACUUGUGGCUCUUCUCAGUGUUCCUGUGCUGCUGUUGGGGAAGCCGCUUUACCUUUACUGGCUCCACAAGGGCAGGAAUCGAUUAAGCAUGUACAGGGGAUACGAACGUGUACGACGCAGCAGCGAUGAGGAGAUCUCCCUCAUGCGUGCCAAUGAUUUAGAGGAGGGAACCAGCCUGGACAGUCACUCCAGCAGUUCAGACAGCCAAUCAGAAGAGUUUGAUUUUGCCGACGUGUUCCUGCACCAGUCGAUACACACUAUUGAACAUUGCCUGGGCUGCAUCUCCAACACCGCAUCCUACCUACGGCUGUGGGCCCUCAGUCUGGCACACGCACAGUUGUCGGAGGUGCUGUGGGCGAUGGUGAUGCGUGUCGGGCUGCGUGUGGACAACAGCGUCGGAGUGCUGUUCCUCGUCCCCGUGUUCGGCUUCUUUGCCGUCCUGACCGUCUCCAUCCUGCUAGUGAUGGAGGGACUGUCUGCUUUCCUACACGCGCUGCGUCUCCACUGGGUGGAGUUUCAGAAUAAAUUCUACAGCGGAGCUGGAACCAAGUUUUCUCCGUUUUCCUUCUCCCUCCUGCACACCAGCUUUGAGAGCGAUGGAUUGCUCUGAACACAGCGACUCACUCGUUCUGCACAACCGGAGCUUUACUGAAGUGCCAGAGUGAUCUGGAACAGAUCGAGCCUCAAUACUGUAUACUGUAUUUUCUCCUUUUAAUGUAUGUAUAUAUGGAGUGUUGCACUGACUGCCUUAAAAGUCCAGGCAAAUACUGAGACUGUGAACGACGUUCCUUCAUGUAGGACGUUCAUUUUAUUCACCGCAUUCUAAAGUCACUCGGCUCUUUAGCUGCUUGAGGUUUUGUCCGGCUGUCAAACAAUCUUGGAAAAAAAACCCAAAAACAUUUAAACUUACAAAUCUGCAAUACACUGAUUGUAGUUAUUUAGCUAAGCAGCACAAGCUAGCUAUAGCUAAGUUCACAUACAAUCAUCUUUAAAUAGUAAGAAUCAUCACUUAAAUCAUAUUUUGUUAAAUUAUUUUGCCACAUAGUGCUUUAUUUACCGGAUACAGAUACAGAAACUAGAAAAAGGGCUUGUUUAUGCUUCUUUUUAUAAAUUAAACACUUUUGCAUGCUUCAGUCUAGAAGCCUGGAAUAUUUUUUUUAAGCUCAGACGUUGGAGGCAUCUGAGGCGCACACUGAUGGCAUCAGAUGGCAGUGAUUCUGUGUGAGAAAUACGCCAGCAAAGACAAAACUACAUGAACAUUUCCUAUAAUUCACAUUCUCCAUUUAAGUCUUAUACAACGAAAGGCACAAACUGAACAGAUUUCAACAGCUAGCACAUUUAUUUUAGAGCAAAGGAAAAAGCGUUUCUGUUUCUGAACUUUACAGGUGCUGUUUAAGUCUAACGUGGGAAAUUAUCGUUUUAUUUGAGGCCUGAAGGCAAACACAUGAUAUUCACACGGUUUAAGCGGUUUGAAUAGUGUGUACACUGAAGCCGUGCAACAGAUUACAGAAAAUAAGGCAUAAGGUAGCGAAUUAGAGUUAAACAUGUUUUGUUAGCAUGUACACUACAUAGUCAUUACAGACAAUGUAAAGAAAGCGAUGAUGAAAUUGAUAAAAAAAAAAAAAAAAAAAUGUUCAGAAUAUCAAAGUUUCUCUCGGAUAUGUGGAUAAUUUCCUGAGAAUCGACUCCUUUUUCCUUUCUGUAAUUAGCAUUAACCGCUAACCGAGCUCAACGUGGGAAAGCUUUCUAACGCCGUAUUUGGCCGACGUGGAGUUCUGUGUGUUCAACGAAGGUGUGUCGUGUGUUUACUUUCCUAUGAUGGAAAGAUAUAAGAUCACUGUUGCUAAGCAACCGGAUGACAUGGGCACCUCGUUUAAGCUGAUGAACGUUAAGCUGAUGUUUAAGUAGAAGAUGAGCUCUCAUGUGGACAUAGAGGUGUAGAGACAUGUUCCUCAUGUGUGCAUUAAACUCUUCUAAGGUUUUAUAUACCAAAACCUACACUUUAAUUACAUUUACCAUGGAACGCUAAGCUAAUUGAUACUUUGGCUCUGCUACGUUUAAUGUGCAAAUACGUCCGUGUUCAGUUAGCGCUCGAUCCUAAGUGUCGUUACGGUGUUAUUAGUCAACAUAGUUCCACAUUUUUUCAGCAUAGAUACAGUUAUGAAUAGUUUAUAAAAUUAUUCUUUCAGAUUUAACUUAAUCUCAUGUUUACAAUUAACGCAACAACAUUUAAUAAAACGCCGGCGGUUCCAGCAGAAGCUUAUUGCAGUUUGGUUAGCUGUCAGAGCUAAGAGUCAUUUUCCACAUGUUAAGAUUUCUCUUUUUGGUCAUUUAUAAACAUAUUUGAGGACAAUAUCAAAGUUCUUGUGAAUUUUUUUGUUGUUUUUACCAUCACAUAUGUUCUAGCAUGCUCAAUUAUUAGAUAUAGUUGGAAAUGGUUAGCUACAGUUGCUUAGCAACAGUGUUCUCACAUCUUCAGCGGGAGUUUGGUGUUUUUCCGUUCGUCUUUUCAUGUUGAAAUUCCAAUCUAACGCACCACAUGUCGCUGUGAUUCUGAAUUUUGUUUUCAUCACACGUUGCCUGUUUGUUUGAGACAAACUGCACAUUCAGGAAGUGGCUUUAAGAGUCACUUAAAAUGUAUUUUUUAUACGUGUUUUCCUUCAUUUUCCCUAAGUAUUAGGGAUUCAGGGACAUGUUGGUACAGUUUUGGUGUUGGACACCACUCAUGUUUCCUCUGAUAGAAAAAAAAUGCUUUACUCAAAUGUUUUAUGACUAGCAUCGUUUUUGUAAGACUUGCUGUUUUUAAGGUAAAACACUAAAAACACUAAAAACACUUCGUCGUUGCGGCCGAAUCCAUUAGCUUUACUGCGUCCUGAUGCUAACUGUAGUAUUUGUUUGUCAACCAAAGUAGAGAUUUAAACAUGAAACUUUAAAUUAAACCACACGUUUCUACCUUUUCUUUAUUCCGCAGUGAAGCAGAUCGUCUUCUGAAUUUCUUUUCUGGCCCCUGAAGUAUUAAUCCAAAAGUAAUAACCAGAUCGUCUUCUCCGUCUUCUGGCCCGAUUCUGUUCUUUAACUCCUUUUCGUUAGUGUGUGAAUUUUGUGUGAACUUUAUUCAUUCCACUCACAGAUUUUAGAUUAUUUAUUGAAUGUAAUAAAUCUGGGUUGAUUGUGCAGUUGAUGUUUGAAAGCUGUUCUAUUCCUGUCUAUGGAUUUGGUUUUUGUUUGUUUCUUUUUUUUUUAUAAUCAGAACAAAUGUGUUGAUAAAUUGAUUGAUUGAUAUUGAAAAUAUAUUUUAUUUUCUGGAAAUCAUUGAGAUUGAUUUGAAUUAUCAAUAUCAGGUUGAAAUGGACUUUUAUUUUGUGCAAAAUUAAAAUCUCAGAAAUGGAUGAAAUUGAGUGACUUGUGUUCUAAACGACUGACAUGAUCAGGUCUGUGCAUCGUGGCUUUAACUGACAUCUUCAUUUGUGUAGUAGAAAGUGUGAGUAAUAAGAUUUUGUACAAUUGGGACAAUGCGAUGAUCUGUAUGAAGGAAAAGCGCUUGGUUCAGGGUUCGUCUGAAGACGGGAUGUGGUGUUUCAGCAGAAAAACGCUGUCAGAUUAUAAAUAAAUUAAAUUAAAAAAACAUUGGUAUAAAAAACAAGCUUUUGUU